AGCAGGACCUCCGGUGGCAGGUCGCCCCGAAAGUCGCUCUAAAUGGGCAUACAGUUCGCCUGGUUGUUAGCCGGUUUGGAUGACUUUCAGUUGCAGUUUUUGGUGCCCAGUGCAGCAUUUUUGCCAUUGUUUUAGUCAUUCGACGAGGAGGCCAUUCUAGUGGGUGAUAAUCGAAGUGGAUUACAGCCCGAAAUGGGAGAUCGCUGUCAACGGAAAUGGCGAAAGGGAGCUCAGGUGGCUGCAGGAAUUAAAUCUGAGGAUCCGCAUAAGAGCUGUUUUCUUUACGACCACAAUGAUGACAGUGUGUCACCUGUUACACUUGGUCCUUUGUCCAUUCUGGCCCGGCAAUCAAGUCGGAAUGGGCACACAUCGGUGGAGGAAAAAGAGUCACAACGUGCAUUUGGUCAAUUGUCUCGUUUACAAAUUGCCCCGCCGUCCGGGACACAAGCUCAUUUUCAUAAAUGCAACGCCAGUGGCGAGUUCCAACUUGCUGCACGUGGCGUGUGCAACUGCGACCCCCGGAUCUGCCCGAUUCGUUGCCAUUAUCUGACAACUAUUUCAGAACCACCCACUACCCAGCGCCACAUAACCCACAUCCACAUGCACAUCCACUUCCAACGUCUGUCACUUGCUAUUCCCAAAGGUGCAAACAAAGUGAUUAUACUUAGCUAUUGUUCCGACUGCUGGAAAAGGUGAGCUGGGAGUUCCGAGUUCUCCGGGAGUUCCUCGGAGUGGGAGUUCUCCGGGCGUUACUUAUGCGUGCCGGCAGCGGGCAGUUCGGUUCGCUUCGGUUUAUUAAUUGAAAUGUUAGUGCGGCCGCAACAGCAGCACCAUCGCACCAGCCAGUCUUAAAUAAUAGAUUU